AUGGCGGCAGAGAAGGGGAGGGACAUCUUCAAGCUGAGCCGCGAUAGGCUGUCGGCGGAGGAAGCGGCGGCGGCCGUCGGCAGCGCUUCCUGCGGAGCCGUCGCCCUCUUCAUAGGGACGACGCGCGAGGACCGGCCGGACGGCAGGAGGGUGAUCGGCCUGGAGUACGAGGCCUACGAGGCCAUGGUCCGCUCGGAGCUCGCCAGGGUGUGCCGGGACAUCAGAACGCGCUGGCCCGCCGUCGUGCACAUCUACGUGCACCACCGCCUCGGGUGGGUGCAAGUGGGCGAGGCCAGCGUGGUGGCGGCCAUCUCGUCGCCUCAUCGCCGCGAAGGUCAGCGGGCGAUGGAGGUCCUGCUGGACGGGCUGAAGGCCGGCGCCCCCGUGUGGAAGAAGGAAGUGUACGAGGACCGCCGGGCCAGCUGGAAGGAGAACGCCGAGUGCGCCUGGGCCGGCGGUCGCCCUGGAAACGCCAGCCCCGACGCACCCUGA